GUGAGAACGAGGCAACAUUAGAGGCCCAAGAAAACAAUCAGCAAGAUGUUACCCUAACCAAAUAUCUACAUCCAAAGACCCCAGACACAGUUGAAAUGGCUGAGAGUAGAGAGGAACCACUGGGCCUGCCACAGAAUGGCCAGAUCCAGCCAGCAGAUGACUCUACUGAGGAACACACCAAGCAGCCAUCACAGAUAACUCUGCCCUGGGGAGGCAGUAAAGACAGGAUGGCAUUCCCGCCAACCUUUAAUAUAGACACCGAUAUCCGUCCAGGAGAAUUUGUGAUGAGGACGUUGUUUGCUGAAUUCUUUGUUUUAGCGGAACAGAAAAUUGAAUUGGUCCUCACAGAGCCACUGGAAAGACCUCUGUCCAAGUCUUUACAGCGGAAAGAGGACACAGAGUUUGAUCAGCUGUUAAGCACAUUGGGCAAUGUGGCCGAGCACUGUCUUCCCUCUCUGCUGAGAACACUGUACAAGUGGUUUGAUAGGCAGUGUCCACCAGAUGGCUCUCUGCAACAUGAGCUCAAACAAAAGAUGAAAAGUAAAACGGCAGCGGACAGGACAGAAAGAGAAUACUUGUUGGAAAGAAGAGAGCUUGCUGUUGAUUUCCUUUACUGCUUAGUUCUCAUUGAGGUGUUGAAACAGUUGCCGUUCCAUCCAGGUCAAGACGACCUGAUCAGCCACCUUCUCCUGCAGGCAUUUAGGCAUUUUAAAUACAAAGACAUCCCAGCCAGUAGCCCCAAUGGGACCAAUGUGUCCACAAUAUCAGACCUGUAUGCAGAGGUGAUAGGGGUCCUAGCACAAUCCAGGUUCCAGGCAGUACGUAAGAAGUUCAUGUUAGAGCUGAAGGAACUACGUAGUAAAGACCAAAGUCUUGCCAUCACACAGAGUGCCAUCAUCAGCCUCCUUAUGGGACUCAAGUUCUUCAGGGUCAAGAUGCAUCCAAUAGAAGAGUUUGAGGCUUGUGUUCACUUCCUUCAGGAGUUGGGCAACUAUUUCCUUGAAGUUCGCGAGAAGGACAUCAAACAUGCGCUGGCAGGAUUGUUUGUGGAGAUUUUGCUGCCAGUUGCUUCUGUGGUCAAACAUGAAGUCAAUGUCCCUGUGCUGAAGAAUUUUGUAGAGAGCCUCUUCACCACCACCACAGAAAUGAGCACCAGAAAGAAACACCAGCUGGCCCUGUACCCCAUGUUAACAUGUUUACUUUGUGUGAGUCAGAAGUCAUUUUUCCUGGCCAACUGGUCCCCUUUCCUGACCAUGUGUUUGACACAGCUGAGGAACAGAGACCCUAAGAUGUCCAGAGUGGCACUGGAGUCACUCUACAGGCUCUUAUGGGUGUAUAUGAUCAGAAUCAAAUGUGAGAGUAACACGACCACGUUGAGUAAACUCCAGAGCAUCUCCAGCAGUUUGUUCCCAAAGGGGGGCAGGUCCCUCAUUCCAAAGGACACACCACUCAACAUCUUUGUCAAAAUUAUACAGUUUGUUGCACAGGAAAGGCUAGACUUUGCCAUGAGGGAAAUAGUCUUUGAUUUGCUGUGUGUUGGUAAGCCAAUCCGGGUCGUAAACCCGCAACGUAUGAGCGUGGGCCUUCGUGCCUUCCUGGUAGUGGCGGACAGUUUACAGCAGAAAGACGGGGAGCCUCCCAUGCCUCAGACCGUGGGAGUGAUGCCAUCUGGAAACACCCUGAGAGUCAAGAAGACUUUCUUGAAUAAGAUGUUGACUGAUGGAGUGGCCAAGACCAUAGGGAUGUCCAGUUAUUAUCCACAGAUUAGGAAGGCAUUUGAUGGGAUACUCAGGGUGCUGGACCGUGAAGUGGGCAGGAAUCUGGCCAUGACCAAACCUGAGAAUGUGAAUAAAGACCUGGAGGAGCUCAUGAUAGGGGAAAGGAAAGCUAAGAUUGAUCUAUUCCGUACCUGUGUAGCGGCCAUUCCUCGUCUGUUCCCUGAGGGCAUGCAGAAGUCUGAGGUGGUGGAUCUUCUUACGCGACUCAUGAUUCAUGUGGACGAGAAACUCAGAGAGUUGUCACUGCAAGCACUUCAGAAUCUUGUACUGGACUUUCCAAGUUGGAGAGAAGAUGUUUUACAUGGCUUCAUUCAGUUUGUGCAGAAAGAGAUUGGUGACUCAUUCCCAGGUCAGCAGCAUUUGGACAACUUUCUCCGCGUCCUGCUACAGUUCCUGACACAGUGGAAGACAGCUGCCCAGUCCCCCUUUGGUGCUAAAGAUAAAUCUGAAAACUUGGAGCUGUCUGCCCACAAGCUUCCCUUUGACCGCAGCAGCCAUGCUAACGUGAUGAAUGAGAUCGAGGGGUUUGCCCUGGUCAUGCUGUGCAACUGUAAACCUCUGACGCGUAAACUGGCAGCCUGUAUACUCAAGGAGGUCCGCACACUUUUCAGCAUCCUGGGUACAUCAAAGGUUGAUGACCCCUGUGUUAUAGAUGUCAUAGACAAGGCCAUGCCAAAUAUUAUAGAGAAACUGCUGCCCUACCUGCCAUCACAGGAAAAGAACGCCAUCCAGUCAGCCUCCAAUAUUGACCUACAAUGGCUGUGCGAGAGAACAUCCGCCGUGUGGGUCGCAGGCUAUCACGAGCACAACAUCACCCUUGACACCAGUCGGUCAGGAGCGGUCACCAACGAGUUUGACCCCUGGGUGGUUUGUCUGGCCAAUUUCCUUGGUCAAGACUGCCUGUACACCAGCUGUCCCCAUGCUAUAGCCCAUGCCUGGCCCAUCGUGUACUACAGGCUACAGUCCUAUAUGGAUCCUAAUGUCAACCCCUCCAUAGUAAGUGACACCCGCUCAUCGUCCAUCUUGAGGUCCGGCAGUAAGAAGAUGGCCAGUGAGAAGGACUUGUAUAAUAACCUGUGGAGGAACUAUGUGGUGUUUGCCUGCUGUAUAGCCCCAUCAGGACCAGGUGCCACACCCAGGUGCUCAUCUCCAGAACUCAGCUCAUCACCUGAGAGUUCAUCCUCAGAGCGAUCAGAGCCGCGUCCAGCAGGUGUCGUCACAGUGUGUGCUAGUAACCUGUUUAAGCAGCUCACUCCCCUCAUUCGUAGUGAUGCACUGGACACUAGGGAGACCAUCGUCAAUGGACUGGGGAGGUGCAAUCCAGAUUCCUUCAGAGCCCUGGUGGAGGAACUGGUACCAUACAUCAAGGAAGCCAUUGACAGGAAGCAGGAGAAAGUUGCCAGGAGGAAGAAAAGAGACGCUCUACGAGUUCUGCUGGUCAGAAUAUUUAAACUGCUGGCUGAGAACAAGACAUUUGCUCACAGCAAUACCAAGGUGGUGGAUGCUGAGAGGCACACCCUGAGUCCCACCUUUGUGGAGUACAUAGAUGGUGCUAGGAUCUUCCUGGACAAUGAAGGGGACAGAGAACAGCCCAUGCUGCAGGAAAUCAGGGUGUACUUUGCUGGGUUUGUGACACAGCUGAUCAUACACACACCAGUGGAGUACAGAUACUGCCUGUUAUCGCGGGACCUCCGUUACAGCCUGUUCUUCCUGUUUGCUGGCUGGAGCGGCAGAUUUGGGACCAUGUUUGGAGCAGUAGACAGGAGACAAGGUAAAGAUGAAGCCUGUACAGACUUUGAAUUGGCAGCUGUCCAUGCCAUGUCGGCCGUAGUAUGCUGUGGUCAAGUGUUUGACCCCUCUGGACUUAACGAGGAUGGCUACCUGUACAGCUGGUUAGAUGUCCUUCUGGGGACACAUGAUGAAAAAGUAAGAACACCUAGACCACCUGAAAAGAUCACCCACAGACUGCAGACAGCCAGACCAGCAAUACGCCAGGUGCUCCUCCAGGUCCUCACCCCAUGGCUGUACAAUCUGGAGUUUGUAGACCCCCACCUGCCCCCUCUCAAUGUGUGGGCUGACGCCCUGCUUCGGGCUCAAGAAGGGACCCAGGACCUGGAGCCCCCACUGAAGGGGGAGGGAUGGGGUUCCCAGCAGGCCACGGAAAUGGUGCUGAACAACAUGUUUUAUAUCACACUGAAAUUUGUAGAUGACCACCCCUGUGAGCUGGAGAACCUGUGGUCAGCCCUGGUCCACUACUGGCCAAAUAACCUCAGGAUUAUCAUACGCUUCAUGAUCAUUGUCACUGGCAUGGCACCCACAGAGCUUUUACAAACUGCCAAGCUUGUGACCGUGUACAUAGCUAGAACACGGCCAGAUCGACUGAUUGAGGAAAUCAUGAACGAGCUGCAGACAAUCGAGAAUCUCCACUUCAACAUCGAUAGAACUGAGACUCCGCCUUUCUUCCGCCUGACCAACUUCAGGAAGUACGGAGAGGAGGGUUCAUCCGCUGACACCACUAUGGAGAGGACGGAGGGAAGCCCGCUGGAAAAAGGACAGAUUCACACUAAGAGAAGAAGUGCAAGUGCCCUGGAGGAGAGAGAGCUGCUGACCCCAAGGACCAACUCGGCCGCCUCACUCCGCAGCGUCUCUAGUGGCUCCAGUCACGGUAGCGUGAAAGAAAUGCGUGGCCUCUCACUUACAUCUGCUGCUGAAGUAUCACCUGAUGAGUGUGUCCCUAAGCAGUCAGGAGAGGACCCAAUGGAGGGCCCCCAGCCCUACCCACUACCCAUGCCAGCAUAUGGGGGCUUCUAUGCCCCUCUCAACUACCACCUGCCUGAGAGUGGCACACAGAUCCAGUGCUUCCACAGGUGUAACAUGGCAGUGAUGCUGUUAACAGAUCUGAUAGUGGAUGGUUUGGAGAUAGACUGGUCCAUGCAUCUCCCUCUGAUGUUCCAUAUCAUCUUUCUAGGUUUGGAUAACAACCGUAGCCUGGUGUCAGAGCACUGUAAGAAACUACUGUUGAAUAUUCUGCUUGUGCUCAGUGUGGAGACGGACAACCUUGGGAUAGCCAAGCUGAUUCUCAUCAACAAGGAGCUCAAAGAGGAGUUCCAGCUAGCACUGUCUAAUUCCAUAGCCAAGGAUUUAGAGAGCACAGCCAGCAGUGAGCAGACAGGCAUGAUGCCAGCCCAGUCAUAUAGCACACCCAGCAAGAUCACCCACAGACUGCAGACAGCCAGACCAGCAAUACGCCAGGUGCUCCUCCAGAUUCUCACUCCCUGGCUGUACAACCUGGAGUUUGUAGACCCCCACCUGCCCCCUCUCAAUGUGUGGGCUGACGCCCUGCUGCGGGCUCAGGAGGGGACCCAGGACCUGGAGCCCCCACUGAAGGGGGAGGGGUGGGGCUCUCAGCAGGCCACAGAGAUGGUGCUGAACAACAUGUUUUAUAUUACACUGAAAUUUGUAGAUGACCACCCGUGUGAGCUGGAGAACCUGUGGUCAGCCCUGGUCCACUACUGGCCAAAUAACCUCAGGAUUAUCAUACGCUUCAUGAUCAUUGUCACGGGCAUGGCACCCACAGAGCUUUUACAAACUGCCAAGCUUGUGACCGUGUACAUAGCUAGAACACGGCCAGAUCGACUGAUCGAGGAAAUCAUGAAUGAGCUGCAGACAAUCGAGAAUCUCCACUUCAACAUCGACAGAACUGAGACUCCACCUUUCUUCCGCCUGACCAACUUCAGGAAGUACGGAGAGGAGGGUUCAUCCGCUGACACCACUAUGGAGAGGACGGAGGGAAGCCCGCUGGAAAAAGGACAGAUUCACACUAAGAGAAGAAGUGCAAGUGCCCUGGAGGAGAGAGAGCUGCUGACCCCAAGGACCAACUCAGCCGCCUCACUCCGCAGUGUCUCUAGCGGCUCCAGUCACGGUAGCGUGAAGGAAAUGCGCGGCCUCUCACUGACAUCUGCUGCUGCUGAAUUAUCACCUGAUGAGAGUGUCCCUAAGCAGUCAGGAGAGGACCCAUUAGAGGGCCCCCAGCCCUACCCCCUACCCAUGCCAGCAUAUGGGGGCUUUUAUGCCCCUCUCAACUACCACCUGCCUGAGAGUGGCACACAGAUACAGUGCUUCCACAGGUGCAACAUGGCAGUGAUGCUGUUAACAGAUUUGAUAGUGGAUGGUUUGGAGAUAGACUGGUCCAUGCAUCUCCCUCUGAUGUUCCAUAUCAUCUUCCUAGGUCUGGAUAACAACCGUAGCCUGGUAUCAGAGCACUGUAAGAAGCUGCUGUUGAAUAUUCUGCUUGUGCUCAGUGUAGAGACAGACAAUUUGGGGAUAGCCAAGCUGAUUCUCAUCAACAAGGAACUAAAAGAGGAGUUCCAGCUAGCACUGUCUAAUUCCAUAGCCAAGGAUUUAGAGAGCACAGCCAGCAGUGAGCAGACAGGCAUGAUGCCAGCCCAGUCCACCAUCAGCAUCAGCUCCAUUUCCACCAUCACUCCAGAAAAUGUUUCCAAAAUGGUGGAUGUGGACUCCAUGACCUCCAUGAAAGAGGUGGUGACAGGGAUUAUAGACUUCAUGACUGCUAGGAAAUCCAAGCCUCUGUGGAGUUUUGAGGACACCACGUCGCGUAACCUGACCAUGAAGAGUGCGGAACAGCUUGAAUACCUGUUGAAACACGUGAUACGUAUCUGUAAGGAGGUCAUUCCUCUGUCGCAUGUGGAGCAUCGCUGGGCACAGGUGGCGCUGCAGCUGGCUUUGUCCUGUUCAUCGAGACAUUAUGCUGGCAGGUCUUUACAGGUGUUCCGUGCACUCCAUGUCCCACUGAACACUCGCAUGCUGUCAGACAUCUUGUCGCGUCUGGUGGAGACUGUCGCUGAGCAGGGCGAAGACAUGCAGGGCUACGUCACAGAGAUCAUGCUUACCCUGGAGGCCGCCGUGGACCGCAUCGACACAAACCUCCUAAAACCAAUGGACUUUACCAAAGAUCUUUUCCUGUCUACUCCUAAUCUCACCAGAGAGGUGAGGGCAGAGAUUAGGAAGAGUCCCACGACAGCAGUGGUGAAGUAUACGCCGGCUUCGCACCAUUCACAUUCUAGGAGCACCAGUAUGUCGCUGAGUGCCAUAGCACGGCGCUCCGCACCGAUGGCAUCGUCACCACCUGUGGUGGCAGAGGUCAAAGUUGAAGCAAUCCCUAGACCAAAGAGCAGCAUAGAAGAGUCCAGUAAAAAGUCCACCAAUCUGUCCCGGUCUCGAAGUGCCCAGUCUCUGAAGAAUAUCCAACAGGACACGUCCAGCCAGGACGAUAAACUGACCAUACUGGCCCAGAUGUUCUGGAUGGCCGUGUCCAUGCUGGAGUCGGACUACGAAUAUGAGUUCCUGCUGGCUAUUAGGCUGCUGGAGAAGUUACUUCUGAGAAUUCAGCCAGAACGGCUAGAGUGCAGGGAAAAGCUGGACAAGAUUCAGCAGCAAAUCAAGUGGCCAUGUUUCCCAGGUUUACAAGCUUUGUUACUCAAGGGCUGCACAUCAUCUACUACAGCAGAGCCCACCUGGUCCUUGCUGGCCAAGCUGACAUUGUGCUCCACUGCCCCUGUGGUUGACCCCUCUCAGGCAUCAGGUUUUCCAAUGAAUGUGGUGGCUCUGCUGCCAUACUUAGUGUACAAUUAUGAAGCUCCUACUUUACUUUGUGCUGAGGCUGCAGAGCAUAUUGCACAGGUGUGUAUGGAGCCCCCUGUGAAGAUGGAGAACCUGGCCACUGUAAUGACCCUAUACAGCCGAGGGACUUUCAACAAGGACAGCCACCAGUGGACCAAGUGUGUGGUCAAGUAUCUCAAUGAUGUCUACUCCAAACUCAGCCUGGACAUGAUCAACUUCCUGGUUGAGGUUCUAGAGAAAGGUCCAUCCUGUUACCAAGCCUCUGUGAUCCAGAUCCUUCACUGUAUCUUUAACUACAUGGACAUGAGCACCACCUCCUCCCAGGCCAUUAACACAGAGCUCCUCAGGGUCAUUGCCAAAUACAUAGAGGGUUCCCACUGGAGAGAGGCUCUGAAGAUCUUAAAGCUUGCAGUGACCAAUACGUCCACCUACACUCUUCCUGUAUCUGGCAGUAUGGGCUCUAUAUCCUCUGACAUGUCCAGUGUGUCCAGCCACUCUGGUCACUUCCUGGCCUCAGAGCUGGUAUUCAGGAGGGAAUUACCUGGUCANACCAUCAGCAUCAGCUCCAUUUCCACCAUCACUCCAGAAAAUGUUUCCAAAAUGGUGGAUGUGGACUCCAUGACCUCCAUGAAAGAGGUGGUGACAGGAAUUAUAGACUUCAUGACUGCUAGGAAAUCCAAGCCUCUGUGGAGUUUUGAGGACACCACGUCGCGUAACCUGACCAUGAAGAGCGCGGAACAGCUUGAGUACCUGUUGAAACAUGUGAUACGUAUCUGUAAGGAGGUCAUUCCUCUCUCACAUGUGGAGCAUCGCUGGGCACAGGUGGCGCUGCAGCUGGCUUUGUCUUGUUCAUCAAGACAUUAUGCAGGCAGGUCUUUACAGGUGUUCCGUGCACUCCACGUCCCACUGAACACGCGCAUGCUGUCAGACAUCUUGUCGCGUCUGGUGGAGACUGUCGCUGAGCAGGGGGAAGACAUGCAGGGCUACGUCACAGAGAUCAUGCUCACCCUGGAGGCCGCUGUGGACCGCAUUGACACAAAUCUCCUAAAACCAAUGGACUUUACCAAAGAUCUUUUCCUAUCUACUCCUAAUCUCACCAGGGAGGUGAGGGCAGAGAUUAGGAAGAGUCCCACGACAGCAGUGGUGAAGUAUACGCCGGCCUCGCACCAUUCACAUUCUAGGAGCACCAGUAUGUCGCUAAGUGCCAUAGCAAGGCGCUCCGCACCAAUGGCAUCUUCCCCACCUGUGGUGGCAGAGGUCAAAGUUGAAGCAAUCCCAAGACCAAAGAGCAACAUAGAAGAAGCCAGUAAGAAGUCCACCAAUCUGUCCCGGUCUCGAAGUGCCCAGUCUCUGAAGAAUAUCCAGCAGGAUACGUCCAGCCAGGACGAUAAACUGACCAUACUGGCCCAGAUGUUCUGGAUGGCUGUUUCCAUGCUGGAGUCGGACUACGAGUAUGAGUUCCUGCUGGCUAUUAGGCUGCUAGAGAAGUUACUUCUGAGAAUUCAGCCAGAACGGCUAGAGUGCAGGGAAAAGCUGGACAAGAUUCAGCAGCAAAUCAAGUGGCCAUGUUUCCCAGGUUUACAAGCUUUGUUACUCAAGGGCUGCACAUCAUCUACUACAGCAGAGCCCACCUGGUCCUUGCUGGCCAAGCUGACAUUGUGCUCUACAGCUCCUGUGGUAGACCCCUCUCAAGCAUCAGGUUUUCCAAUGAAUGUGGUGGCUCUACUGCCAUACUUAGUGUACAAUUAUGAAGCUCCUACUUUACUUUGUGCUGAGGCUGCAGAGCAUAUUGCACAGGUGUGUAUGGAGCCCCCUGUGAAGAUGGAGAACCUGGCCACGGUGAUGACCCUAUACAGCCGAGGGACCUUCAACAAGGACAGCCACCAGUGGACCAAGUGUGUGGUCAAGUAUCUCAAUGAUGUCUACUCCAAACUCAGCCUGGAUAUGAUCAACUUCCUGGUUGAGGUUCUAGAGAAAGGUCCAUCCUGUUACCAAGCCUCUGUGAUCCAGAUCCUCCACUGUAUCUUCAACUAUAUGGAUAUGAGCACCACGUCCUCACAGGCCAUCAACACAGAGCUCCUCAGGGUCAUUGCCAAAUACAUAGAGGGUUCCCAUUGGCGAGAGGCUCUGAAGAUCCUAAAACUUGCAGUGACCAAUACAUCCACUUACACUCUUCCUGUGUCAGGCAGUAUGGGCUCUAUAUCCUCCGACAUGUCCAGUGUGUCCAGCCACUCUGGUCACUUCCUGGCCUCAGAGCUUGUAUUCAGGAGGGAGUUACCUGGUCGAACCAUGGACUUCAUGUUUGAUAUGAAGGAGACUCCAUUGAUUGGUGCCAGGGUGCUGGAGCCAGACAUGCCAGUGCCCCUGAUGAAGAUUCACCUGAAGGAGAAGAGUUCCUCUGAGGAGGGGAGCUUGGACAGAAAGUCGUCAGCUUCCAAGGGCAGUCCUCCCCCUCACAGUGGAGAUGUUAUGGCGGGAUGGAAGAGACCGCAGCUAUCUCAGGGACGGACACGUGAGCGCCUGGUGAACCUGCUCACCUGCUACGGGCAGAGAGUGCUUCCAAAGAGUCCAUCUGUGAUCUUCAGCCAGUCCAGUGACACUAUAGAGAGACAACCCAGUAUUUGCUCCAGUAGUGAGGAGAACUCCAUGAAUGACGGGAUUCCAGGUGAGAUGAAGUUAGAUGAGAGCAGCAGCAGUGAGAUCAUGGUGAUGAAAUCAUUUGACUUCUUAAACAAAGAGGAAGAGGAAGAUCCGGAGAGCCAAGUGGGUUUCAACUGGCCACUCCACAAGAACUUCCCAUCCCAGGGGAGUUUAGAGGGGAGAUCUGAGAAGGAGGGCAGAGCAAGUAAACAGCCCGAGGCAGCUUCAGACUACUCUGACGAGGAUGAGAAGACCCAGAGAACCAACUCCUGGCCCCUGGCAGAGUCUCCUUCCUGUGAGUCUCCAGUUGAGGAAGUAUUGCAUCAGGACCUUGUCACUCAGAGGUCCAUCAUGGUGACCACGCCCAGCUCGGACGCCACUGAUGGCACAGAAGACGGACGUCUGCGCAGACAUUCUAGCCCACUCUCAGGGUCAACGCACAGUGUCCAUAGCAUGGGCAGUGACAUGGACAUUGCUGACCUCAGUCCAAGCAAUGCCUCGCCAAACUUCUCCAACAUGGCGGCAGCAUUUCUUAGUAUUCAGAGUGACGAGAUAGAGGACAUCUGGAACGCCCACGUGACGAGAAUUAUGACAGAUAUGACAGGGUCGUACGCUGUUAACACGUACCAGUUCUUUGUUAGGUUGUACAAGGAACUGAGAAGAAAGCUGACCAGCCUGACCAAGGAAGCGUGCUACUAUCUGGCCAAGACGGAAGAGCUGAGGUCCAUAGCGACACAGUUCCUGACAGUGCUGGAGCUGCUGUUGUCUCAGGCAGAAUGUCCGCAUGUCUUCACUGAGCCAGAUACGUUGAUAAGCUGCAAGCUCCUACAGCAGCACAAGUUUUGUGUUCUGGAGAUCAAUGAGACAUAUGAGACUUAUAUGUUGAGGAGAGAGCAGGCAAUAGAGACCUUGGACAGUAUCAAGUCUUCAGUAAAACUGCAGUCACUGGGGGAAAAUGUCAGUGAUUUCUGCGGAGAGGAACAGGGGGCCACGCCAGGGACAGAAUGCUAUGCUAAGAAAAUGGACCUGUGUAAAUGCCUGUACAGACUUCACUUUCAGCUGGUGCUUCUGUUUGAGAGUUAUGCCAGACUGGUGAACAUCUUGUCUGGUGCUGCCACCUGUCCACAGAUAAUAGAUAUGUCCACCGAUGUGACGGAGGUCCGUAAGGAGUUGGUCCACGCCAUAGAGGAAGUGGACACAGAGCAGGUGUCCCCCCUGAAUGUGGACCCCGGUCAGUUGAACAAGGAGAAUGCGGAGAAGAUGCUGGUGGAGUACAUGACCAACCAGCAGUACCAGAGGGCCGUCAUGCUGAUUCGAGACCUCAGGUCCCUGUGGCACAGUGAUGUAUUUGGUGUGAACAAAGACGAUGAUGUGCCGGCACUGUUGUCCAUCUACUGCAGACACCUGGCAGAGAAAACACCAGGGCUACUUGUGAUCACCAAACCUGAGCACACCCUAGGAGAGGUGUGCGGUCAGCUGAUGGAGGUCAACGUCCAGCUGUCCAGAUCUAUACAACAACUGGAAUUAAUGUCCAGGGAGGACAGAGAGGUGGUCAUGAAGAAGCCAGAGUCCAGUACAUUAUGAGGGUGAAAGGGCAACCAUGGAUCCAAGUGGGAAGUGAAUUGGAAAAUAUUUGACAAUGUCUGGAUGUGUUAUUGCUACAGCUGAUGUCUAGGUGUUAUCUACCAGUAGACUUCCCCUUGUAAACACUCUAUUCUCUGGAGAUGUACAAAGAGUGCUCAGGGUUCAGGCUGUAGGUGUCAUGUAUUCUAUAGAUAUAUGAUAUAAGAGUCCGUUGUUGAGAGCUGGCUAUCUGGAACAAUGUGACAUGUCUAAUUGUCACAUCUAGAGGGGAGAGGACAGUAGAGACUACAGUAGUCUAGAACUCUGUGGUGUGGGGUUAUGUCUCACAUUGUCUCGUGUCUAUUUGUCAUGCCUGUCAUCCAUCUGUUGAGACAGCAGGAAAGUAAUUGUAAGCAUAAUGGCCAAGGAAAUGUGUAAUGCUUGCUACUAAGAGCAAAACGGAAACAGAACAGAAAUAGUUGGCACUGUUCUGACCCUCUAUCUGGAAAUUAAGUCUAGACCUUAUUUGUUGGUGAGUGUCCAGCAGGAGACGUUUUUUAAAGUGCAAUUUCUAUUGAAUUUGCCCAUUUGAUAUUGAUUUAUAACAGUAAGGUAUAAAAUAGUGAAGGACACCCCUCCCCCCUCAUGUGUAGAUGGAAGAAGGGAUUCUAGGGUGGAGGCACUGUGAUGCUCUUCAAACAACAUUACUGUUGAAAAAAAAAACAAUAAGGUUUAGUUUGCUCGGAGUAAAAGUCCAUGUUAAUAUUUGUUCUGUAAAAUAGUACAAAAAUGAGUUUAUCCAUAAUUUUUCAUUUAGUUAAAUAAGUCUUGAUAGAGCUCUCUUAUUUAAGAAUGUGUGUCCGAAAGGAUUUAUAAUUUAAUCAUAUUAUUUAUUGAUUUAUUUUAGUUGGUUUAAUUUAUUCUGUUUAACUGCUGUGCUUUAAGACCGAUUUGCACCCUUUAAAAAUGCUGAAGCUUUGAAGCUCAUCUGUAACUUUGAAUGGUUCUAUAUUUCAGCUGGCACUUUUUGGGGGAGUGGUGCCUGAUAUUAGAAACUGAUAAUUUAUAGAAAAGAAUUUGAAAAGCUGAUUUCACAGAAACAUUUCAGAAUGUGCUGAUUUCUAGAAAUAUUUUACAGACAAUAGAGGACAGCGUUUUUCGAUAAAAUGCAUAUUCUACUGUGUUUACAUGCUGCAUGACAUUCUACUUGUUAACAGAUGAGAGAUGGUUCAAUGUGUUGACAAGCAUAAUAGUAAUUAUUUAGUGUUGAUGCUUGUUACACGGAAUCUUGAUGUUGACAAAUGGAUUCUGUAUCGUGUAGAAUGAGGAAAGCAAAAGUGUUAGAUAAGUGAAUAUUGUAGAAAGAUUUUGACGAGGUUGUUAAAGUUAAAGAGAGAAAGAUAUUAAUGUAAUAUAUAUAUUGAGAUGAUUAAUAUUGGAAUGUGCCAAUUGUUCAGUGUA